AAAAACAUAUGGGUCGCCGCCGGGGACGGCGACCUCGCGCGCGUCCAGCUGAUGUCCCAUCCCAUCGUCAUAGCGAUCUCCCCGAACGCGCCAGACCCGUACACGUACACCCCCAUGCAUGCGGCCGCGUCUUACGGCCAGCUGCACGUCCUGGACUAUUUGAUCUCCAGAGGCGGUGAUGUGAACACCACAGACGAUGACGGCGAUACGCCGCUCUACACCGUCGAAAACGUCGAGACCGCGCGGUACCUCGUGGAGCACGGCGCGACGGUCGACCGACGAAACAAUGAGGGCAUCCAGCCCGCAGAGCACCUUGCGGAGGACUUUCCGGAGGUCGCCAGCUACCUCGCCGCGCUUGCGCCUGCGCCCGCGCCUCACGCCACGGAUGCCUCUGGCACCCCUUCGCCAGCGUCACCGGCACCAGCACUGGCGCUAGCGCCGGGCGCAGCGCGCGGCCUCGCACAGCCCUCGCAGCACUCGCAGGACGCCGUGUCCGAGUACCUGACCGCGUCGCUCUUGCAGUCCGUGCAGGACAUCAUGGGGCGCGCGGAGGCCGAGGGGCGUGACCCCGAUGAGGAGCUGCGGCAGGUCGUAGGGCGCACGGUGCUGGAGGGCGUGGUCGCGGGGUAUGGCAUGUCCGAGACCGCAGCGGAU